UGGAAAAAGUGAGCGAGAUUUCUAUCAGAAAGUGAUAAAGCUACUACAAAGUCUUCAAACCAGAGACAAAAAUGGCAAAGCAGCUAGAAUAAGUGUCUUCCGUCGCCCACACAAGUCAGGGUCACUCAUGAGUAUGCCAUUGCUCAAUCAGAACAAGGAAUCACUCACAAAAACCAUCAUCAACUUGAAUGCUGUUCAGGUGCAGAAGAAUGACUUCCACUUCACUAUGUCCAAUGAAGCAAAAGUGUAUCUAGAAUGCCUCUUGAAACUCACAAUUGACGACAUCAUACAUGAAAUCAUAAGGCUGUUUCUUGAACUGAAUGAAUUUGUGGUUCAAAAAAUUCAGAACUACACAAGUUUUCAUCAAGUGUUGACAGAUUUUGAAUCAUUUAAUAAUGCUUUGAAGCAGUUAUCAGAUAACCUUGAUGAGGCAAGAAACUAUGAUGUGUUUUUGGAGAAGGUUAAUAAUUUCAUUUCUGAACAGAGAAUAACAGCACAUAUGAACUCUAAUGAACUAGUGAAUGUGCUUGCGAAAUAUGAGGAAUUAAUUCUGAAUUUCGUUGACGAAAUGCCAAUGUCGAUUUCACCAUCAAGAGCAUGGUCAAUUGCCAUGAGACAAUUGAAGGAAUCUGUGCAAGAUGAGCUGCAAUGGUACAGGACUCUUAAUAACUUCAUCAGUGGACUAUCAAGCUAUAAGAUACAAAGGAACAAGACAGAGAUUCACUCGAGACUUUUCCACGAAGGUUCUAUAUUGACAGAUGAGUUGAUGGAUCUAUUUGUGGACGUCACUGGAGCAACAAAUUUGAACCAAUUUCAUUGACGCACGAGGAAACAUCAGAAAAACGCUGGAGCUUGAAAGUGUGACGAAUACAUUACUAAAACCAAGUAAUAUUACUUGUGAUGAAGAUGGGAGACUCAUAGUUGAAGGAUUUCAAAUUUGUCUUACAGAAAUAAAUUCAAAACAUUUGAUUGAAUCCCACUGUAACAACAUCACUGUGAAAGAAGUUGCUCUCCCUAGCUGUUGAUGCAGUUUACAUGGAUGAGGACACCGUGGAUAUCUUCAGAGGAGUGGAUAUGUUUGUGGUGUCACCUAAAUGGGAAGUUAUUGGACAAAGGAGGAUAGUGCUGAGUGGUCAGAACGGAGGAGCUCACCAUUAUGGUGACGUCGAUAAUGGCACAGAUGGGAGACCAGGUCUGCCAGGGUGUAAUUGCACAGAUGGGAGACCAGGUCUGCCAGGGGGUAAUGGGACAGAUGGGAGACCAGGUCUGCCAGGGGGUAAUGGCACAGAUGGGAGACCAGGUCUGCCAGGGGGUAAUGGAGGCAACUUUUUUGGAAUUGGUUUGCAGUUUGUGAAUGGCAAAAAUCUGCUGAUUGAGUCGAAUGGUGGGAGAGGGGGGCAGGGAACAGAUGGAGCAAGAGGAAUGAGAGGUCCGGCCGGAAGAGAUGCAGCUGAAAAAUUGAAAUCGGGACUCUACAGUCAAAGUUAUAAGUUUGAUAGAGGAGUAGAAACAUCAAAUAUGAAUAAAUGCCUGGCUCCAAAUGCUGUUGAAAGGGUUUUCAGAUUAUAUCCUCAAUCUAAAAAGCAACCCAAUAAGUGUGAGAAUGUUGAUGCAGGAGUCAGAGUGAUCAUAGAAGAAGGUGACUGUGGUGGUGAAGGAGGAGCUGGAGGUUUUGGCGGAGAAGCAGGAAUCGGAGGCUACCCGGGAGACCAAAAGUUGAUUCAGUUGGGAGACUCAUCUGAAAUUCAAAUGCAAAAUCAAAAUGGAAGGUCUGGUACUCGCGGCAAGAAGGGAAAAACUGGAGAGCGUGGGAUGGAUGGCAUUGGGAUGAUUUGUGUUCAAGUAACAUGGGUCGGUCAUAGUAGAUCGUACAUGAAGUGUGAAUCAACAAACACCACAUCACCAGCAUGCAACUCUUGUGAUAAUCCGGUUGAGUCCCAGUACACAACAACAGGUAUGGAGAAACCAGCGCCCAAGAGAUCUCCUGAUUUCUCCAACUAUUUACUCCACUACAUAGUUCUGUUAGAAUCGCAUUCAAAUCACACAAUUUUCAACCAAAUUAUAACGAGUUUUAGAGAAGCCAUUCAAAGGAAAUACUCGUAUCCUUUGAACCACUUAGGAUUAUUGUUUUUUGAGGAGACAACACAGCAGGAAACCUUUGAACAAUCCGAUCGUUUUGAUUGAGUUGAAUACAUCGAUAAUUUCAAUGUGAUAAGUCGCUACAUAACUCAUUAAGAAAUUAUUCUACAUAUUAAACAGUGGGAGGCAUACAGAAGAGUACAGAAGGUGAGGUAUCUAGGGAUAACAUUGGAUUCUCAUUUACGGUGGAAACACCGUAACAAUGAUAAAUGCCAGAAGCUGAAACAUAUAAUACAUAAAUUUUAUAACAAAAAUAUAAUAAGAUUGAUAUAUUUUGCUUAUGCAUAGUCUGUACUCCAAUAUGGAAUCUUGAUUCGGGGUGGGGCUCUCAACUGCCAUUCCAAUAAAAUGUUUGUUGUCCAAAAACAUAUUCCUAGAGCUGCCUUGGGUAAGCCUUGGCUGCAUCCCAGUGCCGAGCUUUUCCAAGAAAUGUGCGUUCUCACUCUAAAACAGCUUUAUGUUGAGAGCUUAAUUCUAUUUAUAAAUAGGAAUUCAGAAUCAUUUAUCACCCACCCAAACCCAUUCGAAGCGCAAGAGUAGAAUGUCCCCGAACUGACCUAUCCAUUUGCAGAAAGCAAUAUGUGUAUAAUUGUGAAAGAAUUUUCAACAGUAUUCUACAAAAUUUCAUCACAUCCAAUUCGGUUGGGAAUGUUAAAAAACGCAUAGAAAAUUGGAUUCCUAACGUUUCAAAUUCUGCAUGUCUCUUAUCAACUGAACUCUACACCUUGGCUUUUCCUAUUUCCAUUAGCUACAUUUUCAUGUUUUAUAGAUUAAGUCUUCUUCCUCAGCUUAUCUCCAUAAUUGUCUCCAUUCUUACUACAGCAUUAUUAUAAUGGAUAUUCAAGUUUUUACAUUGUUAUACUGUGAAAACUUUUGAUUAUCUUUGAUCAAAGAAUCUUUGAUAUUUCAUAUCAAUUUAUAAAAAAAAUCAGCACUCGGCCUCUGCGCUCAGGUUUUCUUAAUCUUGCAGGGAUCCUCUUAUUUAUUAUAUAUCUUACUUAUACUACCUACUGUAUAUAUAACUAUUAUGUGAUGUACUUCAUACUUUAAGUUCCUAACUUUGUAACCAUCAUUAAGGAUAAAUAAAUUGUAUGACUGUAAAGUAAAUAAGUAAAUUGUAAAUAAUGUAUGUCUAACUAUUAUGUUAUGUACUUUAUACUUUAAGUUUCUAACUUUGUAACCAUCAUUAAAUAAAUAAAUAAAUUUGAUUUGAUUUGA